ACCUUUUCCACUUGCUAAUUAGGCUCUGCAGCUCUGAUAAAAAAUUAAAAAAAAAAAAAAAAAACACUCAUUUUGCUGGGAACAGCAGGCCAGCACCACUGAGAAAUAUGAAGUCCACUGGAAUUGCUUUCCUUUUGUUCAUCUUUCUCUCAAGCCUUGUUAAUGUGAAUACAGAAAAAACAGCAAGUACACCUACAUCAGCUGUGGAUAAUACAUCCAGAGACAAGUCUACACCUACAUCAAUCUCAGCCACUCCCGCUGCAAACACUGCUGUGGAUAAUACAUCCAGAGACAAGUCCACACCUACAUCAAUCUCAGCCACUCCUGCGGCAAACACUGGAACUGACUCGAACAAGAAUACUGCAUCUUCAACACCUGCAAGCACCGCUCAAACAAGCAACGGAACUACAGCCACCUCAGUGAUUCCUACAUCUGAAGCCAGCACAACUCAUAAUGCACGUGCCUUUGAGUCAUCAAUUACUGUGGGUAAUAAAUACAGAGACAAGUCUACACCUACAUCACUCUCAACCACUCCCGCUGCAAACACUGGAACUGACUCGAACAAGAAUACUGCAUCUUCAACACCUGCAAGCACCGCUCAAACAAGCAACGCUGUGGGUAAUAAAUACAGAGACAAUUCUGAACCUACAUCACUCUCAACCACUCCCGCUGCAAACACUGAUAAAAAAAUCUUGUGGGUAAUGCUGCCCGUGCUGAUUGCAUUGGUGGGGAUUGUUCUCAUAGUAAUGAAAUUUAAAUGCUUCACACACACAAACAACCAAGAUGCAUCAGAGAAUGAUACAGAAAAUGUCUCUAAAGAUGGUGUUAUACUUCUUAGAAUGAAGAAACCUGGUGAAGAAACUGCUGCCAGAUGAAAACUGACGGUCGUGAUUGAAACCAAGCGCUUCCUGCUCAUAAUUGCCUGCUGUAAAUGAUGCCAUAUUAACAUGAACUACAAGUUUGAAAAAUUGGAGCUGGAAGCUGAGAUAUAGGGGAUGUUCAAAUUCAAUCACGGGGGG